CACUGAUAAUAUGUCCGUUUAGAGAUCUGUUCUCUUAUUUCUACCACUCAACUGGCCAUAGAGGGAGACAUGCUGUGUAUUUCACUCUGUUGGAUAAAGGUUUCCAGUAAGCUUAGCUCAUUUCACUUGGAAAGCUGCGGAGCUUCACAAGCUGCUCUGGUCGCUAAGCCUCUUAGGAAUCACGAGCACAGCAGAUGUAGGGAGGAUGCUCCCGGGCUGUGCCACCAAACAUACCCAGACAUUAUCUGGCGCUUCGGUUUGGCAGUUCAAGACCCAAACAUCAGUAGAAACAGGUGAGCUGUGAGGGAGAUGGAGUGCGCAGGGAGGCUCCAACCACUCUGAACCGCCAGACAUCUAGUCCAUCCCCGUCCGAAGGCACAGCCAUGCUCCCUCGGGAGGCGGGGAAGCAGAAGUCCCGCCGUGUGGCGGACUCGGUUUGCGGAGGAGACUGCCCCUCGGUCCCACCGCAGCGUUUGAAGAACUGGGACUUGCCUCUGCAGGUGAAGCGUCAACGGUCCGGCUCCGCACCUGAGCGCAAGGUGAACUGCGUCCUGGUUGGAGACGGAGCGGUGGGAAAGACCAGCCUCAUCGUCAGCUACACCACCAAUGGAUACCUGGCAGAAUAUGUUCCGACUGCGUUUGACAACUUUACCGUGAUGGUUGUGGUUGACGGGAAACCAGUGACACUACAGCUCUGUGACACGGCUGGACAGGACGAGCUGGAGCUCCUCCGCCCGCUUUGCUAUAAGAACGCAGAUGUCUUCCUCCUCUGCUACAGCGUGGUCCGCCCCUGCUCUUUCCGCAACCUGACCGACAGGUGGGUUCCUGGGAUCCGUCAGCACUGCCCAGGUGCUCCCCUGGUCCUGGUUGGCACCCAGCUGGACCUGAGGGAGGACGUCCAGGUGCUCAUCCAGCUGGCACAGAACCAGCAGCGUCCUGUGGGCACAGAGGAGGGCCAGCGACUCGCCCAGGAGCUUGGGGCGGUGAGUUUUGCAGAGUGCUCAGCCCUGACCCAGAAGAACCUGAAGGAUGCUUUUGAUUCAGCCAUCCUGGCCAGCAUCCAGCAGGCAGGCGGCAGCAGCAUCCAGCAGCAGAGGGCAACUCUGAGGAAGAAGACACCUGAUAAGAUGAAGAGCCUGUCAGAGACCUGGUGGAAGAAGAUCAACUGCCUGGUAGGAGAACAGAGCUGCGACUUAAAUGAACAGCUGCACGAUUGCACACCUGGAUCAGAUCCUGUUUGCAAAUACCUGCUCAAUUUGGUUUAGUCUGCUGAGAGAAGGCGUCAGAUGGGUGGAGGUCAUCAUCACACAGAAAGGGAGGAAGGAAGCAGCAUGUUUUGACUCCUAGGUCACAUCCUCACACUCCUCACUUUUAGGGGCACUCCUCUGAUUUCACACAUGAAGACCAGUUUACUUGUCACACAGAGAAAUAGGCAGCUCAUGAAAAGCUGCUGAAAGACAGAUCAGCUCCCUGGUGUAACAGUGGUGUUUAUAACAGAAAGCCUUGUUACAAACUGGGAUUGUAGAGACAUGGUUCUCACUCGUGUGUAUUGGAACUCUUAUCGCUACCCGUACCUUGUUAGUUUGAAGAUCAUUUAUCUAUUUCUGUAUUUAUUGAUGGUUACUUUCAUUGCCAUCACUGAUCAUGGGAUAUGCUCAGAACCCUUGAUUAAAGUUUAGAACAACUGUUUGAUAUCUGUUACUGUAACAAACAAACAUUUCAGGGAUUUCCGGGGUGAAAAUCAAAUACCAGUGAGAUAUUUGUUCACAAAACAGCAAAAGUUCAGUGGGAGGGACACAGGAAACCUCCUUUUAUUUAUUACCAUGCAAACACUUCACCUGCUUGUCAACUUCCUGGAUGGACUUGUCCAACAACUUCUGCUUUUUAUUGGUCAAUUAACAAAAGCAGGACAUGUUGGAGGGUUAAUAGGGCUCAAGUGCUGUCAGUUGUCUCGUUAGCCCUCUAAUCCACCAGACCAACUGACUCAGCCCAACCACAGAGUUACAUACAGUGCAUGAAGACAUGCACUCUGCACCUCCGUCAUCUCCAUGUCAGAGGUCCAUCAUGGACAUGUCACUUAGAGCUGGAACGUGACCAGGGUGAAUUACCCAGAAUCUCCAAACUCCAGAUUUUGCUCCGGUCCAGAGUUGGCCUGGUGCAGCCUCCUCUAAUAGGAGCAGACAGGACCACCUGGACUAGAUUAGACCAGCAGAUGGAGCCUGAUUCUCUGUCACACCUCCAGCAGAGAGGCACAUUUCUCCUCUCUCCAUGGUUUAUCUACUUCAAAUGUGCAGCCAGGAAGUAAGGGAAGCUCAUUUAUAGCACAAAUAGCUAUACACAGAUUUGUUUCCACCAGUUAGGAGAACUACAAUUAACUACACACAUUCCGGGAAACCUGCCUUAACCCUGUAAAG